AUGAUUCCCCCGUUGACUUCUCUCGAGAAUCAAGAAUGUGAGCGAGCUUUCGCUGACGGACAUCGACGCGAUAGCAGCGGCAGAUACAUCGUGCGUCUUUCCCUUCGACCAUCCUGCAUUCACACCUUAGGAGAGUCUCUGCAAGGUGCUAAGCGCAUCCACAACACUAUAAGGGUUGACGACAGAGAUGUCGAUAUUCAGCGCAUCGUUUGGAGAAAGCCAGGAGCAAACGAGCAUAGUCACUAUCAACUUCGGACUCUGAUCUACGGAAUGUUAUGCACCUCAUUUCUGGGAAUUCGAACUCUUCAACAACUAGCGACGGACGAAGCCAACAGCUAUUCUGCUGCCUCGGAGCUAAUUCGAAAAAAUAUAUAUGUCGAUGACAUCCUAUCAGGCGCGACUGAUGAAGUUUCGGCCAUCGAACUUCGAGAUCAACUAAUUCAGCUGUUGAAAUAUGGAGGAAUGCAUCUAAGGAAGUGGUUCCAGACCGAUGGCCUCGUUAAUGCUUUGAUAGUCGCCUGGGAUCCUGUGUCAGACGAAUUCCGAUUCAAGGCACCAGUAAUCGACAGCAAGUCCCCAAUAACUAAUAGAAAGGUUCUCGCUGAUAUCUCGCGUCUCGUUGAUCCCGUUGGCUGGUUAAGUCCAAUCACUAUCGUCGCGAAGAUCCUCAUGCAGGAUCUCUGGAAAGCUCACGUUGGUUGGGACACUUCACUUCCUAAGGAUUUGCUUGAAAGAUGGAAAACAUUUCAGAAGAAUCUACCUGAGAUGACUGCUAUACACUGCCUACGUUGGAUAGGCUAUCAUCCUGAAGAUCGAAAAGAAAUUCACAGUUUUGGAGAUGCCAGCAAGUAUGCCUUUGCUGCUACAGUUUACGUUCAAGUGCAUUCCUCACAUGGAGCCUGCAAUGUCCAACUUAUAACGUCUAAGACUCAAGUCGCACCCGUUAAAACUAUCUCUAUCCCUAAACUGGAACUUUGUGCUGCUGUGCUUGUGGCACGAUUGAUUAAUUAUGUACGCGAGGAGUUAAAACUUUCUCAUGCGGUCACUUACGCUUGGUCGGACUCACGAAACGUUCUCAGUGGGAUUCAAACAGAUGAUCCUUCCCGUUGGCCGAUUUAUGUCGCGAAUCGAGUUUCGGAGAUCCAGCGAACUCUGUCCAACGCCGUUUGGCGAUAUGUCACUACAAAGGUGACUUCAGCUAAUAUUGCUCCUAGAGGAGUGGAUCCUCGAGCCUUAGCUCAGAAGAGUCUCUGGUGGAAUGGCCCUAGGUGGCUUUCGCAGAAGGAGGCUUCCUGGCCAGCGUUCCAUUGUCUUGAUGAAUCACCCUCAACUGACUCUGCCCAAGACAAUUACAUGGAAUUAAAGCAGCCUACCAUUGCGGUUCGUCAUGUACAUUGCAACCUCACUACGAUUGGCAACUUUUCUUCAUUGACUCAUCUAACACAAGUGAUUGCACGUUGUCUACUCUUCAAGCUCCUUCUCAAGCCUGCUAUAGAACGUUCUGAGCUCAUGGUUCAACGUUUCAUUCCCGAAGAAAUCCAUCGCGCAUUUUUAGCUUGCGUUUUCUGCGCCCAAGGAUGCAGCUUUGAAGAUGAAUUAAGCACCUUUCGUCAGCGAAAGGCACUUAAGAAGCGAAACAAACUCGUUCGAUUGCAUCCAUUCAUCGAUUCAACAGGAAUUUUUAGAGUUACUGGACAAGUAGCGAAGUCUCCGUUGCCUUAUGAUCAGCGACAUCCAGUCAUCUUACAUGGCGACAGCUCUCUCGCGGGACUGAUUAUCGACUGGGGACACCGAACAGCUUUACACGGUGGAUUCCAACUAACGUAUUCGUGCGCUGUUCGCCGAGCCUGGAUUAUUCGUGGGCGCGUUUCUGUAAAAGCGCAUAUCUGA